AUGUUUUAUAAUCAACAACAUAAUAGUCGUAAGUUAGUAUCGCUUCAUCAACAUUCAAAAGGAGAUUUACAAACAUUGUAUACUGAACAAAAACAUAUUUUACAUGUAACAACAAAUGAAAUGGUACUUUUACUUUUAUUUAAUAAACGUUCAAGUUGGACAGUUGAACAAAUGCAAGAUGAAACACAAAUUAAUGUUAAUUUAUUCUUGAAAAUUCUUUAUAAUUUAUUGAAAAGUAAAUUGAUUAUACGUUCAGAAAUUAAUAAUGAUGAACUUCAAAAAGAUUUAAACGAAAAUGAUAUUAAUAUGAAUUAUAAUAUUCAGAUAGCAAAUAAUUUUAAAAGAUUAAUUUCUAUUCAUUUUUAUUUAAUUCAAUCAAUUGAUAAUGAAGUUGUAGAUAAUGAUUCGUUCGACAACAAUUGA